UUUUGGCUUGAAAACAAUGGGUAGAAAAGAUGCCUCUACAGCAAGGACUCCUGUUGACCAAUACAGAAAACAAAUAGGAAAGCAAGAUUAUAAGAAAACCAGGCCAAUGUUAAGAGCAACGAGAUUAAAAGCAGAGGCCAAGAAAACUGCGCUAGGCGUAAAGGAAGUUGCCCUUGUCCUUGUAGCUAUAUUGAUAUUUUUGUUGGCUUUCUAUGCUUUCUUUUAUCUUAACAUUUCCAAUGAAGUUGACCUUGAUCUGGAUCCAGAUGAAAACUAGCAGAUGCAAUGAAUCCAUCAUCAAGAUUCCUUCAGCUGGAACAAGACUACAUAGGAACACAUAGUCCCUUCACUGUGAGACAACAAAACGAUGCCAUUUCUUGCGGUCCAGAUUCAUAAGAAAAGUCUGCAAUAUGUCAGUCACUCUCACAUUCCAGUUCUUCAAAAUGUGGGAAGAACGUUUGCACCUCGCAAGCACAUUUGGUUAACACUGAAGCCAGGAGCUGCGGAAUGAUACAUGAAGUUUAGUGUUUACAUUAUUUUUUCCUCAGACAGAGAAACUUUGGCGUCAAAAGACAGGUGCUAUUGCGAUAAUGGGUAUUGAUGCGGACUUCACAGGGGAAGAGGCUGCCUUGAGUAGAUUGAGAAAUCAAAGCUUCCUAAUAGCCAAAUUAGGUUCCUUUUCCUUUCCCAAAGAAAGCCGAAAUAACAAAUGAAAUGCCUUUUCUUCAUUUGUAUUGAAAAUAUAUC